AGUAGGGUUGAUCGAUUUGCUAUAUGUUUCUUUUUAUUUUAGGCUUUUUAGCUUAACAUGUAACUUUCUUUUUAUACAUUAUACUCAUUCACAUAAUUCAUCAAAAAUUCCGUUUUGUUUGGAGUUUGAACGAAAAGGUCUCCAAAAACGUACUGCAUCAGCAUGACUGCAUUCGAUAUUCGUCUCUUAAAUCAUGAACCAUGCUCCUCAUUCCUCAACUCAUUAACUAUUUAAUAUAUUAUUUUCUUAUGUGAACAUUAAAUAUAUAUUUUAAAUAAACAAACUAUUUGAAACUCUUGUAAUAAGUGGCUUGCCACAAUUCUAAAAAACUGAAAAUCUUGGUAUAAAUCUUAACAUUUAAACCAAAAAAAAAAAAAAAAACUAUUUGAAACUCGUCUACUUGUACCGUACGAAUAACUAGUUUAGUAGUCAUGUAGUUUUCUUAAUAUAAAUUUUUUGGAUAAUGUGAAACCGGCGCAUUUGCUCGUUGAUUUAUUCGUAAUCCAGAACUUAGUGAUAAUUACUUAAUUAUCGGUUUCUUAUGGACCAACACAACCAAAGUGGACAAACAAGAAACUAAUUUAAUUAGGAAUCUAAAGAAAAAAAAUGUUUCCGUCCAAUCUAUUCAUUAACUUAGUAGGAACGAGCGAAAAUGCGACGUAAUAAAAUUGACGGCAACUAAAAGCCUUUUCAGAAUAUGGAGCAGAAUGUGACACAUCUUCCUCGUCACACAUAAAUUCAUACAUGAUUAUUUACCGGCUUCGCUGUAGAUAUUAACAUAUAUACAUUAUUCUUAGGGAUAAUGCACCAAACAAUUAUUCGAUAAAGAAGAUAAAGUAAUCACAGAGCAGUUCGACGGAAUACACGUCUAAAAACUUAGAUCCUAGAGCCGAGCACCAUACUAUAUAUAAAUUAAAACAGAUAAUUAUAUACAGUAUUAAUGAAUGACGCAUAUUAGUUGAUGAAAUAAGAACUUUUUAAAUAAGAAAUUUUAUAUCUUUUUAGUUAUUCAGAAAGCAUUAAGAAUAAAAAAUACUGUCAAAUGGAUCCAAUCAUAAUAUAUACUUUCUUCAUCGUAUUUUCUCAUUUCUAUAUUCUUGAUUACUUAUAAAUUACCAAACAAUAUUUUAAUUUUUUUAACCAAAAAACCAAUAUUUUAGUUGUUUAUGUUUAAACAAUUUAACUAGUAGUAAUAGUUUGUAUUAUUCAAAAGAUUCAAUUUCAGAUUUAAUUUUUAAUUAUGUCUUUAAAAUUCGUAUUCAUGUUUAAAUCUGCAGAAGUAACAGUGCUAAAUUGGUUUGAAUAUUUCAAAUCAACUUUUUUUCCAACCAAAUAGAGGGAAAAUACAGAUAGAGCGACCACACAAACCAGGAUUCCAAACCAACAUUCCCAUCAUUUUUAGCAAAAUAAAAAUUAAUUCAGCUUUAAGUAUUGUAUAUUUAAUAUUUUAUUUUAUCGGAUGUCCGAGAAGUGACAUAUUUGAUAUUUCAUUAUAUACUAAUUUGUGCUUUAAAAGAAAUACAUUUUAUCAUGUAUAUAAUUAACCCUUACGCAUGUUUCAUCUGUCGCUACCAAUUAACAACCAAGAAAAAACUCCAUUUCUUUCUCUUCGAAAAUAUUCAUGGAGAGCUCAAUGAACAAUGCUUUCAUUAUGAGCAAAUGCGAAACGUUGAAGUUUUCAAGCGACCAAACCCCGGAGGAAAGUAGCUGGUCAAUGUACUUCGAAGAUUUCUUCGAGGCUUCUUCAAGUGCUGUCCAUAUCGGAGAUUUCAGUUCUUCCUCCGUCCCCGAUGCAAUGUCUUUCGUCGCGACUAAGAAGACCGUUGACAUGUCUAAACAAGAAGGGCCUAACUAUUACAACAAUUUGAACUUCAAGAGGACAAGAAAUAGAGAGGUUCCUUUUGGUCGUCAUUGUGAUCUUGAAGACACUGCAUCUUCUCCUUCUCGUAGUCUUAAUGUCAAUAGCAUAAUGAACCUAUUGGAGAACAACACGAGACACGGGGGUGGCGUUGGUGAAGACACAAAUAAUGUGAAAGGAGAGAGUGCAGUGCAAAACGAAGGUGAAUUAUCAGUAGACUUGAAGAAAAAAGGGCUUUGUUUGGUUCCCAUGUCUAUGGUCACCAACUUUCUUGGUUAAUCAUACAUAGCCCAUUCAUUUUUACAAAUUUGUUUCCAAUAAUUCAUUCCCACUUAGAAUAUUAUUAUUUUAUACAUUUCUCCAAUCAUGUGUAAUGUAUGUUAUUCAGUUAAUUUGUAACAUAUGCAUGCAUGACUUCCAAAUUAUAUGCUACAUGUGCAUGAGUUGUAUAUAUGGGCAUUCCUGGUAUUAUCGGAAUAAAUUGACUCUCACUAAUGAAUUAUAAUCCUUCAUACCAAAAAUAUCAGCAUUUUUUAAAUCAAUAAAGUUGAUUGCUUAGAGUUAAUAAAGUUAUCAGAUUUUUUUAUACCAGGAAUUGAAUAAAGUUAAUCAGAAAAAAUUGAAUGCUGAUAACUUAGAGUUAUAUAUUUCUGGUAUAAAAAAAUUCCAAAAAAAUCCCCAAGUUUUCUAAUCAAUAUAUAAUUCAACUUUAUUGAUUAGAAAACUUGGGGAUUUUUUUGGUUUAAGUGUUAAGAUUUAUACCAAGCUUUUCUGUUUUUAACAAAGUAUGUGGCUAGCCACUUAUUACAUGCAAGAAGAAAACAUUUAAACUAAAAGGAAGAGAAAGAGGAAAGGGAAAAGAAAAAGAAAAAGAAAAUCUGCAGCAAUGGAGGGGAGCUGGCAAGGACAGCAGACGGUCUCUCGGUCUACUCCAGCUACAAUCACAGAAACAGGGGAAAAAGACUCCCGGAAUAUCCGAGAGUUCCACUCCCGCCAGGAAGUACACAAUGACCUUCAUUAGAAGCUUAGCGAAGGUACAAAAACCAGAAGAAGAAGAAAGCUGCGGCUGAACCAAUAAUCUAGAGACAGCGAGAAGUGAAACCGGAGGUGCCGUAGUGAAACCUCGACAGAAAUGAGACCAGAUCUCUGUUGAAUAGGAGCAUUUGAAAAACAAAUGCUGAUGAGACUCUUGCUCAGAAUUUAAUCCUCACAUACAAAGACUACACAUCUUUUUAACUACUACGAGACAAAACAUGCAAAUGAGUAAAGCAUACCAGAAGAUAAGUGAGCUGGUUUUACUAAUAAAACCAAUAAAGUAUCGGAGAAGAACAAACAUUACGAAUGAACACAUGAACACAAUAGUUAACCGAAUAAACAUUUUCCUCCAGAAACAGAGACACCAGAACAUUCAGAAACAUAAAUAGUCACUUACAAGUUUUAAAACCUAAACUCCUUUAUUGCAACCACUUCCACAUCAGAAGAAUCAAGGGAAAAAAAUUUCAUUAAAAAACAGUCUUUAACCAUCUAAGGUUUCAGUUGAAUCAGCAGCGGCUAGAACCCGCCCCCGGCUUAGGUUUAGAGAUUGACAUUGAGACAAGACAAAAGCUUUCUCAUGAGUGACAACGUAGUUGUCUACUUGCCUUGUUAUCGUAGAGUCAGGGUACACCAAUUUUUGUCAAAGCACAAGUGAGCUGAUUUGCGCACAAUCUGUUAAAUACGAAAAUGCAAUAAUCUCCGUUUAAUAAUAAUCAUUCAGUUUCAGUUCUAGACAUAACUCAUACAUUUUAAAACUCUAGAAUCAGAAGAAAUUAACAGAUCUCAUAUGCAAAUCAAUCUAAAUACGACAGACCUAGCUCUUAAGAGAGAUAAUUUCAAUUAAAACACAGAGGGAGAGAGAGAGAGAGAAUGCUUAUAAUACAACCAUAUGAUAGAAAAGCAGAUCACAAAGCCACGGGCAAACAAAUUGUUCGAUGACUGCG